AAAAUGUCUCUGAAUAUCGUUGUGGUCACUCAUGCUUUGGCGCUUUUGGCGAUCAGUGUAGCUUCUGGAAAAGAUUUAGUCUUAGACAUGUGGUCCGACCUAGACAGUAGGUCGCUGAAAUUGGUUAAUGCCCAACAAAGCUCCACCUACAAGACUGGAUAUGCAAGAAAAGCGAUCGACGGUAACACUAGUGGGUGGUAUUCUACAGAUAAUUCCUGCACACACACCGGAUUGCAAGUAAAACCCUCUUGGCAAGCUGAUUUUGCUGAGUAUAGGCAGGCUGCAGUGCACAAGGUCAUUGUUUCCAACAGGGUGGACUGCUGUUCAGAUAGGCUCUCCCACGUUAAGGUGUACGUGGAUGACCAUCUAUGUGGUACAUUGCAUUAUCGUGGAGGAACAAGUCAGUACCCAGUUGAUUGUGGGGGUGCCGUUGGAAGUCGUAUCAAUAUAGUAGGGAAAGAUAACGUAUAUUUGACCCUCUGUGAGGUUCGGGCUUUUGGAGUGGUUGAAACAAGAACAAAUUGGAGAAAUGACAAUCGAUGUGGAAAGAAUCAUCGGCUUCCUGACGGUGCUGUAUCUAUUUGCAAUCCUAACCUCGGCGAAUGGAUGAAAUGUUCACAACAUGGUUAUUGCUAUGACCAUGGAAAAUAGAAUUUGAGACCAUACAGUCGACUAAAAAAACAGCAAACGGUUGUAAACGAAUUUGAAGCAGGAUUUGGACAAUUACCAGGCGUAACAUAUAACUAUAUAAAGAUAUAAGUGCGAUGGGUGCGGAAUCGCACUAUUGACCUAUAUUCAUUUUUUUGCAUCUUUUUUCAGGACGUAACAUAAGAAAUAUUAUAAAGUAGAAUUAAUUUUUUUAAAUCAGGAAAACAUUAUAAAAUAAUUUUUCUCGCCCCAGUCAUCUUACCCGUGUAAUUGUGAAACAUUCUAUGAGGGUAUCACUACCUAUAAUCAUUAUUAUUAAUUAUUAUAAUUAUUAAUUAUAAUUAAUUCUAGUUUAUUUAUUGUCAGGAAGCUCAGUUUAUAUAUUUACGUAACACAUUUUCGCAUAAAAGUUUUAGGCAAGCGCAGAAUUAAGAAACUAUUUACAAAACAUUAGUGCAUUUAUCCUUACAGUUGCAUUUAUCCUUACAGUUACUAUAUCAUUUACUCUUACUAUAGGUCUAUACAGUCUUACAUAUUGCCUUUAACAAUUGCUUGUCAAGAGAACGCUAGAUCUGGACAUUUGUAGGAAGGUCAACUUGUUUGAUGACAGUGAUUCUGAGUUUCUGCAUUUAUCAACAUGGAAGCUAAUGUUUAGAUAAUCGCUCUCAUCUGUCAAAAAAACAUGGAUAUCAUCCUAUCAGUGCCUAGAUCUGUACAAUACAUUAAAACAGUGCCUAGAUCUGUACAAUACAUUAAAACAUUUUAAAAUGUAGUCUUAUAUAAUUUAGUGUGGCUUUAAAAUCGUGUAACAUUUACAUUUUUCCUUUUAGACUA